AUGUCUUCGUUGCAAUGGACAUCUGCGCGCAGAACAUUCCCAAACACAGGUUUCAAAUUACUCGAUAGCUCUGUACCAAUUGAAGAAGAAACACUUCCGACAUACAUACCCGAAAAAUAUUACCCUGUUCAGCAGGGAGAGGUCUUUCAUGAGCGGUAUCAAGUUCUUGUCAAGUUAGGCUUUGGAACCACGUCAACGAUAUGGCUUAGCCGCGAUUUACUGGAGUCUCGAUAUGUUGCUUUGAAAGUUUAUGUCACGGGCAACAAACAAAACAACCAUGAGGUGGAAAUCUAUGAGCAUUUGAAUUCCAUACAAGCAAACCACCCAGGUCCAAGGCUUAUUCGCAAGCUCUUCGACCAUUUCUCGAUAGAAGGCCCCCACGAUACCUGUCCCUUCAGUGGAAAAGUUCAAAAUGUUAACCUCGAUCAAGAUUUACAACUACGAAAUCUACUACUUCCCGCACCAAAUAUAGAAAAAUUGUCUCGAUUUGAAGAACUCGAAGUCCAGACACCGUCGCCCAGAAAACUACUCAAAGAUCGAACAAUCUAUGCAUCUGUGGGCUAUCUGCCAACUAAGGGGCUACCUCUUUCGAGUGACUUUGGAGAGGCUCGAUUUGGUGAUAGGGAGAACAGCGAGGAUAUCAUGCCCACUGUUUAUAGAGCACCGGAGGUUGUCUUGAAGGCGAACUGGGAUCAUGACGUUGAUAUAUGGGGUGUUGCUAUGCUUGCUUGGGAUCUUGUUUCUUCUCAUAUUUUAUUUCACGGGCAUCAAUGA